AUGGCCUUUUGGGUGGUUGACGGGGGUCGUCCGCUUGGUGUUACCGCUACUGUUGCCGCUACCGCUGCUGCUACUGGCCGGGGUCCCUACUAUGUGGGUGGUAAAAGGCGAGUGAGCGUCUCCGAAGGCGGCGAUGGCUUCACUUUUGAUCCCAAAAGAACCAGGUUCGCCGAUGAGCUUCCCUACGACCCCUACGACCCCUACGACAAUGCACCCAUCUCUGUAGCUGUAGCUGCAGCCGCACCAAGUGGCUAUGCUUCGUCAGAUCAUGCAUCGCCUUAUUAUCCACAACCACUACCGGCAUUCCAUUCUGGAGUUCACAUUAUCAACAAAGCAUAUCCGCACAAUCACCCUUUUGAUCAUGAGGACGAAUUCUUAUAUAACGAAGCCAUUGAAAACUACCCUCCAUUGAUCCAUCGACCUGACUCAGCUCCCGUCAAGAACCUCUCAUUUCUCGUCAUUCGCGAACGUUCACCAACUCCAGAAGGACCCGACUUCCCCUCUAUCGAUGCCGCCUUCGGUCCAGCUCCCGAAUCCCGGCCGGGACCUGUAUUCGGCCCUUCCGGUCCAGCUCCGGCACUCGCUCCGGCACCCGCUCCCGUCGCCGAUGCAUGCGCUAUGGAACGCACAGCAUCGGGUCUCUCUAUCUCCUCCGAUACCACUCAGCCAUCACUCGCCAGUCUAUCACCUGCCGCUGAUGAAAACGACCCAGGAUUGUUGAGUGACCUCGCCGCCGCUCGUCUAGUCCGUGAUCACGUUGCCAACUUUGGUUCCAGUCGUCGAAGGCAUCGCACCACCGACUCACGCCACGGCCGUAUUCUGAGAGCGCUCAUCAACCCAAAGUCUCGUGCAGCAGAAUUCCCCUUGGACAACGACGCAUUGCGCAGCAUCUUCUCCGCUGCAAACGAACUCUUCUUCUGCAACCGUCUUGCUGGUCGUGUCGCAUGGGACUGGAGUCACCCUGCAAGCGCGCAGUAUCAGGCGCACAUUGUUGGCACCACAGCCGUACGACGUUCCCGUGAUGGAGGCUACGAGACACUUAUUGUACUUUCAUCGCCUAUCCUCCAGGAUACAAAGUACAACCGGCGGCUUCUCAUCUCGACAUUCUUACAUGAGAUGAUCCACAGCUAUCUCUUUGUGGUAUGUGGUCUCAAAGCCCGCCACGAGGGUGGUCAUACCGAGGGUUUCCGCCAGAUUGCAGAUACGAUCGACCGCUGGGUUGGACACAGCUACCUGCGACUCAGUGAGAUGGACGCUGAUCUGGAACAUUUUCGCGAGCAUCCCUCCUGUGUGCAUGAUCAACACCAGGUGCGCAGUCGAAGUGCAGACGAGCACCACAAGGUACCAUGGCGCAGUGAGAGAUGGGAGGAUGGAGAGCGGGAUGCUCACUACCUAACCGAACUUCAUCCACAACCGCAUCCCAAUCUUCAUGAUUGGGACCGACAUGGGCGAGAGGGGUACAGAGCUCCCGAUGUCCGGAGAGGAAUCUCACCAUACGUUUACUAA